CUUCUCGCUUUCUCGCUCUCGCCCAUUCCCUCUCCCUUUUUCCGCCUUCGCACCCCGGAAACCCUAGCACUUUCCCCUCCUUUCGUCCUCGUCGUUUCGUCGUCGCCGGCGUAGCCUCUCCUCUUCUGGAUCCGUGGCCCUCUUGCUUCUGGGCGCUUUCUGUGGUGGGUUCCUUCGAGGAUCGGUAUCUCACUAGCUCUCGGCGUCUGGUUGCAGUAGCGCUCGGCGACCCUGCCACAAGGCGCUGUUUCUUUGUCCUACGGUGCCUUGUCUCCGCGUCGGACCACUUUCGAUUUGUUUAUCUGAUUUCUUACAUAAUGAGGUAGUUACCUGCAAGAAAAUAUUAUCAUGGCCUCAAAGGGUCCCAGAUCAAAGUUGGAUCACGAAACAAGAGCAAGGCGUCAGAAGGCGCUUGAUGCGCCAAAGGAGCCUCCUCGACCAAAGGCCCAUUGGGAUCAUGUUUUAGAGGAGAUGGUUUGGUUAUCCAAGGAUUUUGAAUCAGAAAGGAAGUGGAAAUUGGCUCAGGCAAAGAGGGUUGCAAUAAGAGCUAGUAAGAAUGUUGUGGAUUAUGCCACUAGGGAAGAGAAAAAAGUGAAGGAAGAAGAGCAACGUCUGAAGAAAGUUGCACUCAAUAUAUCAAAGGAUGUAAAAAAAUUUUGGACAAAAAUAGAGAAACUAGUUCUCUAUAAGUAUCAAUUGGAAGCAGAGGAAAGAAAGAAGAAAGCGCUUGAUAGGCAGCUUGAUUUUCUUCUUGGUCAAACUGAAAGGUACUCCACAAUGCUAGCAGAAAAUCUUGUGGAUAUGCACUAUUCUAAAACAGUAGAUGUAGACUCAAAAAUCAAGGAUGAUGAAACUGUGAACAAUCAAAUGGUCAAUACAAUUGCAACUCAGUUGGAUAAGGUGGAGAGUGACAUUGACUUUAGUAUCAGAUCUGCGGAUGAUAUUGAAGAUGAUGACCAUGCUAUUGUGGUAGAUGAAGCUCAUAUUAAUGAGGAAGAGAAGAGAGAGGAACUAGAGGCCUUGAAGGUUGAAGCUGAUCUUUCAUUUGAGGACCUUCACGAAUUUCACUCAAUAAAUAACUUUAGCACGAAAAGGAGUCCCGAUUUCGAUAAAAGCUCAACUAUGUUUGUUGAGCAAAAAGAUCAGAGUAAGGAAUACUGGAACCAUGUUAAUGGGUCCAAAAAUGUUUCAGAGAGUUUGUUGCGUAAUUCUUAUUGUUCAGAAAAUGUGGAUCAUCCUACACCUGGAAUCAAUCAUGCACAAUACUUUAUAAGUCAGCUCUCGCAUAGAGAAAGUAAUGGUAAUGAAGACAUUUCCUCCUUUGAAGGACAGUUAACUAUCAAGAAAUCACAUUCAAAUCCUUGUUCAGAAAAUGUCGACUCAUGUGAAGAGGGACAUCCAAAUCUCGAUGUCAGUGAUGAUGUGGAUGAUAUGGAUUACAAUCUUGUAGGAGAAGAGAAGGAUGAUGAGGUGACAAUAUCUGAAGAGGAAAACUUGGCAAAGAAAGAAGUUGCUAACCAUCUUGAGGAGAUAAAAUUACUGCAAGAAGAGAGUGAAAUCCCUAUUGAAGAGCUGCUUGCAAGGUACAAGAAGGUUUCAUGCAUUGAUGAUGGUACAGAGAAGUCCGAAUGUUCUUCCUCUGGUUCUGAUGAUCAACAAGAUUGCUCAGUGAAUGAGGACGUUCAUUACAAAACCAAAUUGAUUGAUGGUGCACAACAACAGGACAAUCACCCAGAUCUUGACGAAUCAGAAUCUGUUUUGGAAGAGAUGAAGAUAAAUCAUGGUAGCAUAGUAGAAGGGAAGGAGAGUGAAAUUAUAAUUUCUGAUGCUGCAGCUGCUGCAAGAUCAGCUCAACCAACUGGAAACACUUUCUUAACUACAAAAGUGCGGACAAAGUUCCCUUUCCUUAUUAAGCAUCCUCUUCGUGAGUAUCAACAUAUUGGCCUAGAUUGGCUCGUAACAAUGUAUGAAAAGAGGUUAAAUGGAAUUCUAGCAGAUGAAAUGGGUUUAGGUAAGACAAUCAUGACAAUUGCUCUUCUUGCACACCUGGCCUGUGAGAAAGGAAUUUGGGGUCCUCAUCUCAUUGUGGUACCAACCAGUGUCAUGCUCAACUGGGAAACUGAAUUUCUCAAAUGGUGCCCUGCGUUUAAGAUACUAACCUACUUUGGGAGUGCAAAAGAAAGGAAGCAUAAACGGCAGGGUUGGUUAAAACCUAAUUACUUUCAUAUAUGUAUAACUACCUACAGGCUUGUUAUACAGGAUUCAAAAGUAUUUAAGCGAAAGAAAUGGAAAUAUCUUAUUCUGGAUGAAGCUCACCUGAUUAAGAACUGGAAAUCUCAAAGGUGGCAGACUUUACUAAAUUUUAACUCUAAACGAAGAAUGCUGUUGACUGGAACACCAUUGCAGAAUGAUCUUAUGGAACUUUGGUCCUUGAUGCAUUUCUUAAUGCCUCAUGUUUUUCAGUCUCAUCAAGAAUUCAAAGAUUGGUUUUGCAAUCCUAUAUCUGGCAUGGUGGAGGGCCAGGAAAAAGUUAACAAAGAAGUCAUUGAUAGAUUGCAUAAUGUACUUCGUCCGUUCAUUUUAAGGCGCUUAAAAAGAGAUGUUGAAAAACAACUGCCAAAGAAGCAUGAGCAUGUGAUUUAUUGCAGGCUUUCUAGAAGGCAAAGAAAUUUGUACGAGGAUUUUGUUGCCAGCUCAGAAACUCAAGCAACAUUGGCAAGUGCUAACUUUUUUGCAAUGAUCAGUGUUAUAAUGCAGCUACGCAAAGUUUGUAAUCAUCCAGACCUUUUUGAAGGCCGCCCAAUUGUGAGUUCAUUUGACAUGCCUGGUAUUGACAUGCAAUUGAGCUCUGCUAUUUGUACCAUAUUUUCUAGUAGCCCAUUUUCUCAAGUAGAUCUCUGUGGUUUGAAUUUUGUGUUCACCAGAAAUGAACUUUGCAUGACUUCAUGGUUAACCAGUGAAGUGACCGCUAUUGCUUGCUCUUCGAAUAUGAUACAGGACGCUUGGCUUGAAACUUCAGGCUGUUUUUCAUUUAUCCAGAGUAGUUAUGACUGGAAGAAGAAUAAUCAUGGGAGUAAUAUAUUUGAAAAGAUUCAGAAGGCCCUCCUUGAGGAAAGAGUUAAACAAGUUAAAGAAAGAGCAGCUUCAAUUGCAUGGUGGAAUUCCUUGCGGUGUGAGAAGAAGCCAGUCUAUGGAACUAAUUUGAGGAAGCUUGUAACUGUAAAACAUCCAGUCUUUGACAUUCACGAGCAGAAGAACAGCACUUCAUGCUACUUAAAUUUUUCAUCAAAACUGGCAGACAUAACUCUCUCACCACUUGAGCGUUUUCAGAAAAUACAUGACUUAAUAGAGUGUUUUAUGUUUGCAAUUCCUGCUUCACGUUCCUCUUCUCCAGUUUGCUGGUGCAGUAAAGUUAGAUCCCCUGUUUUUCUGGAUCCAGCAUAUAAGGAAGAAUGCACUGAGAUCAUUUCGCCUUUAUUAUCACCAAUUAGACCUGCCAUUGUUCGGCAACAAGUUUAUUUUCCUGAUAGGCGCCUGAUUCAAUUUGACUGUGGGAAGCUACAGGAGCUUGCAGUUCUGCUAAGACGUCUUAAAAUUGAAGGACACAGAGCUUUGAUCUUUACUCAAAUGACUAAGAUGCUUGAUAUCUUGGAGGCUUUCAUUAAUUUGUAUGGGUAUACUUACAUGCGACUAGACGGAUCUACAUCACCUGAAGAUAGACAGACAUUGAUGCAGCGUUUUAAUACAAAUCCCAAAUUUUUUUUAUUUAUUUUAUCCACACGUAGUGGUGGUGUAGGGAUUAAUCUAGUUGGUGCAGAUACAGUCAUUUUUUAUGACAGUGACUGGAAUCCUGCAAUGGACCAACAAGCACAAGAUAGGUGCCAUAGAAUUGGACAGACAAGAGAAGUGCACAUCUACCGAUUUAUUAGUGAGUCUACAAUUGAGGAGAAUAUAUUGAAGAAGGCAAACCAGAAGCGUGCACUUGAUGAUUUGGUAAUUCAGAGUGGCAGCUAUAAUAUGGAGUUCUUCAAGAAACUUGAUCCUAUGGAACUAUUUUCUGGUCAUGGAAGUCUGGGUCUGGAAAAUUUGCAGAAAGGGAACUCAAGCACCAUUGAUUAUUCUGUUAAUCAAGUGGAAACACUUUUUUCUAAUGUAGAUGUUGAAGCAGCUAUCAAACACGCUGAAGAUGAAGCAGAUUAUAUGGCCCUUAAAAAGUUAGAAGAGGAAGAGGCUGUUGAUAACCAAGAAUUUACUGAAGAUGUCACUGGUAGAUCAGAGGACGAUGAGCCGGCUAAUUGGGAUGACAUUAAACUUGAUGAAAGAGUUGCAGAAGAGCAGAACUGCUUGAGUUCUGCUGUAAAAAAUGAUAAUGAUGUUGUCUUAUCCAGUUGUAAUAUGAAUGAACAAAAGAGUAUCACAUUAACAAUGGAAGAUGAUGAUAUUGAUAUGCUUGCUGAUGUUAAGCAGAUGGCAGCGGCAGCAGCAGCUGCUGGGCAAGCAAGUUCAUCGUUUGAGAACCAGCUUCGUCCAAUUGAUAGAUACGCAAUGCGAUUUCUGGAACUCUGGGAUCCAGUAGUUGACAAAUCUGCUAUAAUAUAUCAGGCAAAUGUUGAAGAGCAAGAAUGGGAGCUUGAUCGUAUUGAGAAAUUUAAGGAUGAUCUAGAAGCUGAGAUUGAUGAAGAUCAGGAACCAUUUAAAUAUGAAAGAUGGGAUGCUGAGUUUGCAACCACGGCAUACCGUCAGCAUGUUGAAGCUUUGGCUCAACAGCAGUUGUUGGAAGAACGAGAGUCUGAAGCUCAAUUUGCUGAGGAUGCAGAUGAUGAGAAUGGCACUAUCAAGAAUGCAACACCUAAUCAGAGGAAGCCUACCACGAAAAAGAAGAUGAAAAAGACAAAGUUCAAGUCUUUGAAGAAAGGAUCUCUAUCAUCUGAUAUGGAAGUUGUCAAUGAAGAACUAGAACUAGAUGCCAUGUCUAUUGAUGAUAAAGUUUUUUCACCAGAGAUUAGUUUUGUUGAAUCUCCACCUUGCUCACCAGUCAGAAGAAAGCGUAAGAAGGUUUCUCUGUCAGAAGAUGACGAAAAUAGCUUGAGAAAAAGCAAAAAGAAAGUUAAGAAAGCUUCUCGCUGUAAUCAUGCUGUCGACUCUGACAGCUUUGCUAAGUAUACCAUUGAAACUACGGAAUUGAACCUUGGAGAAGGUGCCAUAGAGUCAGGAGUAGCAAACAGAUUGAAGUCUGAUGGUAGGAUUUCUAUUGCAUCUGCUGCAGGGAAACGUGUUUUGGUGGUGAAGCCGGAAAAGUUAAGAAAGAGGGGUCACGUUUGGUCCAGAGAAUGUUUUCCUUCUCCAGACAGUUGGUCAUCUCUGGAAGAUGCGUUAUUGUGUGCAAUUGUUCAUGAGUAUGGAAUUAAUUGGAGUUUUGCGAGUGACAUACUUUAUGGUGUACCUGGUGGUGGGUCUUACAGAGGGCGGUAUCGCCAUCCUGUCCAUUGUUGUGAGAGAUUCCGAGAACUGUUUUUCAAGUAUGUUCUAUCUGCUGUGGACAUUACUAACACUGAAAAGAAUAGCUCCUCUGGUUCUGGAAAGGCACUUUUAAAAGUGACUGAGGACCAAAUACGUGCAUUGCUCAAUGUUACAAGUGAGUUACCUGAUAAUGAGUUACUCCUCCAGAAACAUUUUGUAGCUAUUAUUUCUUCUGUUUGGAGAGCGAAAUGUCGUGUCAACGUGCGUCAAAGCAUGGCAUAUUCUAAAGUUGGCUUUUAUCUGAAUAAGAAUUUUUCUGCCUCAUCUCUGAAGAAGUCUCCAAGACUUACGGAAAAGAUGAGUUUAACAAACUUGAGAGAAUGUAGCAAGUUGGUAUCGAGGGCCCUUGUUGAUGUUCAUAAUAGUCAUGAAGAUCCAAUGAUUGUUACCAACAAGCUCAACUCUAAUUCUAACUUCGAACAUAUGGAUUUGAUAUUGGGUUUUCCCAGAAUACCUGUGGAAUCUGAGAGUGCUUUCCCGUUGGCUAUUAGUGUUUCAAUACAUAGCCCUGUACUUCUGGAAGAAGCAAAGGAACCUCCUUGUCAAUCUUUACUGGCAGAACCAUCAUGUAUGAUUGCUGAAAAUCGUUUCAGGUUGGCAUCUGAAGCCUGUUUUGAGGGUGAUGGUUAUGGAUGGGCCUUAUCUACUUUUCCAUCAUAUGAUCACAACAAAAAACGAUUUGGAACGAAGUCUCAAUUGUUAGGCAAACACAAAUCCGGAGCUGAUUUUGUAAAGCCUAGGAAAUUGAAAUCUCAAUUGACUUCAGAAACACAGGAUGACGCUAGCAACCAUAUUCCACUACCACCAUCGACCACAGAAUACGCCAUGUCUGACAGUGAUUAUGAUAUUUUUCAUCUGGAUGCACUUCUUGAAGAGCCAGAGCAAUUAGAACAUCUCUCGCACUUUGACGAUCCUUCUUUUCAUGGUGACCUUGAGGAGUUGGAUAUGCUGCCGGAUAUUACUGAUAUUGGAUGAUCCAUCUUUGAUGUGUUCCAACAUUUAAGCCAAUCAGAGACCUCCAAAUAGUGGUUCUCUCAGCACUGGCAAUAUUUAAUGAAAUCAUGCAACAUUUGCCUGAGGCACCACCAAAACAGGAGAGGGCUGACCGAGCAGUUUGGCCUCCGGGAGGGCGGAUGGCCAUGGUAAAAGAUUGGGGUGGUUAGGUUUAGAGAGCAGUGGUGGGUUUUUUCGGCACUUGCAUGUAUAGUGAAGCUAGGUCUCAUUUCUUGCAUGUGGACAAGAAAUGAUAUGUGUAUUUAACCACAAAGGGAUCUUUUUUCCGUUUGGAAAAAUUUUGGGUCGAUGGAUACCCAUGGAAAGAAUAGAUGCUGUUCCCUCGAUUAUUUAAAUGAAAAUUUCACUGCAUUUACUA